GUGCGAGCACGCGCGCGUGUGCGAGCGCUACACACCACGGAUAAACGAGAUCGCACUUACUUCCCAAGCAAAGCUCGAACCGUCCGGACGUGUAUGCGUGUGUGCCGACACUUUCGGGUCUGUGACGACGGUGUGUGUUGUUUCGCUAAAUGUGAUAAAACAAAAGCGUGCAGUAUGACGUCGAGAAGCGCUCGGCAUGGCCAGGGAACGGCCUGGGAGCAUAGUUAGCAUUAGGCCAGCAUAGUUCGCCAAUCAACCUUUCCGGUGUGUUGUGACCAAAAAAAAAAAAAAUCUCCUAAAUAAGGAAGAAGAAAAGAGGCAACACGCCCGGGCCGUCAGCUGUCGCGAUUUUUUUUUUUUGUUUCCAGCACUCACCCCAUCGAUCGGUGCAUCGCUAUGCAGCUUCCCUAGGCGACCGCUAGACAAAACCCUAGAAACACCGUGACACCCCCCCCCCCCACCGCUCCCCCACUUCCCACCCACCAGGCUUGGCGGGGAGGGUUGUUGCUUGUGUGUGUACAUACAUACCUACAUACAUAGCUACAGUCACAUACAGGAAAGGUGAAAAGUGCGUGAAGUGAGUGCGUGCGUGGUGCCGGUGGAUGCGCUUUUAACAGGAAGCGAUAGCGCUAGAUUCCGGCGACCGGAAGUGGCACCACCACCGGCAAACCCGUCAGAGUGCAACCAGUGAGACCAGAAUAGAAGAAGAAGAAGAAAGGGAGGAAAAAAAAACAAAACGAAUUUGGGGGACCAUCCCCCCCCCCCCCCCCCAAACACACAGCCACAGGAAGUGCAAUUCGAGUGGGGCGCGAUUUUCAUCGAUUUUCGGCCCGGUGGUGGUGUGUGUGUGUGUGUGUAGUACGUGUGCCGACCAAACACCAAGAUGCUUCCAAACAGUGCGUGAUACAGUGCGUGUGUGCGUGAGAGAGAGAUAGCGAAAGUGUUUGUGUGUCUGCGUCGUUCUCGUGUGACAACACGUGUGUGCAAUACACGCCUGCGAGCGUGCUAGUGUGUGUGUGUGUGUGUGUGUGUGUGGGAAGAAGAUUGUGCAUUUGUGUCUGUGAGCCGACCGCUCGACGUCGCCGUUUGUCAACAAAUCGUCACUCAAAUCGACACUCGACCGGUGUACCGUUCUUCCCCACCACCUUCCCCCACCGACCAAAUCCCCAACCCCGCAAACACUAUCAGUGGCAACAAUCAAACGCAAACAGCGUACGCACAACGUACGCCCUGCAAUCAACCGAACCACAAGCGGUCCGUGUGGUACAUUGUGCAGCGCGGGAAGCGAAAAGGAAAGCAGGACAACCCGUAGCAGCAGCAGCAGCAGCAGCGACAGCUUCUUUGGUCGAGGUCGUCCGUUCGUGGCAAGCACGGGGCAAGCGAAAGUCGCCGAAACUGUAGCCGAGAUAAAGCCCGCGUGUGCGCGCGUGUUUGUGUGUGUGUGUGUAAGACAGAACGGAAAGGAAGAAACGACGACUCAUUUGCAUCUCGCAGCCCGAGCACCGGAAUCAGUCGUCCGCGGUCCUGCAUCGAGUGCGGUGCAUCCUUUAUCCUCCCUUCACCACCACCACCUCCUCCACCACCACCACCACCAGUGUCCCCAAAAAUCCCAACCACCCCGUGAAUUGUGAUCCCCCCGUGGGGGGGCCGAAGUGCGUGUGCCAUCGGCGCGUGAGCGUUUGGAAAAGAGCUGCCGGCGCAGGUAUGACGUUCCCUGCCGCUACCGAUGCCGCCGACCGUUCGCAGUAGGAAGGUGCCGCUGAACCAACGCCGGCACAACUCGUCAGCAGCAGCAGCAGCAGCAGGAUGGCCGAUAAUGGGUGCCCACCGGGCCGGGGCAGCCACCCGGGGCCACAUCUUGGGCGGCCGCACCAUCCGAUCGGGGCCGGGCUACCGACCCACGCCACCGUCCCGAAACCGGCUUCCAAUGCGAUCAUCGCGGCGGGCCUGAUAAGCGGACCGAGAAUCGUAAUUCUGCACCGGUACAAUGGCGACUUCGGCUUCACGCUGCGGCACUUCAUCGUCUAUCCGCCGGAAUCCCUGACGGAACACGCGAUCAAUCCGCUCACUGCGGCGGGCGUGCUGAACUUUGCCCAACCGAUGGACACGGUGUUCGUGAAGAAGGUGCACCCGAACACGCCGGCCUACCUGGCCGGCCUGCAGGAGGGCGACCGGCUGCUGGCGGUGAACGGCGUCCCGGUCACCUCCAUCCCGUACUCGCAGGUCGUCGCCACGAUCCAGCAGACGCCGAAAACGCUCACCCUGCAGGUGGUGCCGAAAAACUACGACAUCCUGCAAACGUUUUUUAGCGAAACCGCCCACAACCCCGAAACGAACCAACGGCCCCAGCCGCAACAGCCGGUCGUGUACGCACCGAAGCCGGCAUCGUCGGCUACCGGGGCCUACCCGAAAUCGAAACCGGCCCAUGGCCCGCCGCCGCAACCGCAGCCGGCCACGGCGAUCGUGCAGCACCAGCAGCACCAGCCGCUCUCGGUCGAGGGCGUGCAGGAAAAGCAGGAGUCACUGUACAGCACGCUGCAGGAGAUCGUGGCGGACAAUGUGGCGGUGACCGGCGGUGCCCCAGCGAAGGCGGCCCAGCUACUGCCGCUGCACGCCGACGUGCCAAAGAUGCUGAGCCACGGGCCGGGCAUGGUGCCGAUGGCCGCGCACCAUCUGCCAGUAUCGCUGCAGAAGGCCGGCGUGCCGCCCGUCGGCGCCAAACCGUACGAGUACGAUCCGCUGAAGCACCAGCAGCAGUACAUGCACCAGCAGCACCAGCAGUUUCUGCAGAAGAUUGCCCUGCCCGGCGGCAAGGAGGGCGAGCUGGGCGAGGCUGCCGGGUACGGUGCACCGCUCGCCGACGGCGACAACGCGAUCAUGAACCGGAUGCGCAAGAGCCUCGAGCAGAAGGAGGAGUUCCUGCGGCGACCACCGACGACGGGGGCGGCACUACAGGCCACCCCGGCCGCCGGCCACGAUGUGCAGCAGCGCGAGUUUUACGCCCGCCCGAACCGGCUCCAGAAAUCGGUUUGGCCCCCGACGCAGCCCCUUUCGCCCGGCUUCUCCGGUGCGGGUGGCGACAAAGCGCCGGCACCUUCCACACCGUCGACCAGCACGCACGCAUCGCCCACGGCCGCUGGUGUUUCACCGCCGGGCCCGAAACCGCCAACCAACGCUGGCGGCGCCAGCACGACCAACGGUGUGAUGCGCGAGCACGCCUCGCAGCUGUCCGCGAUACGCGAGCACUUCUUUACCGGUGGCGUCGGCGGCUCGCUCCAACUGCCGCCGAAAUCGGCCCCACCGUCGCUGGCGAUUGCACCGGCCGCCAUAACGGUGCCGGCCGGACCGUCAUCCCCGACCGGGGCGGCAACGGUACCCCUCUCUCCGCAUAGCUUGCAUGCGGUGUCGGAGAAGGCAAAGCUAUUCGAGUCGGGCCGGCCACUGUCGCCGGAAGGCAUCGACCGGAUGGAUCUGUACAAGAGCGAACUGAGCCGCAUCAACACGAAACAGGUCGUGCCGAAUGUGGCCGUGCGCAGAAAGGAGUUUGAGCUGAAGGCCGAAAGUACGGGAUGGCGCAAAUCGAUCGACGACAAACCCCGCUCGGUCAGCUCCGAUUCGGAAUCGCGCCGCACGCCGGUUCGACUGCGAUCACUCUCAGUAGAGUCCAAUGCAACGCGCGAUUCGCGCCACUCGCUCGCCAGCUCCACGCUGCAAGCGACCGACGCCGCGUUCGACACGCUCGAGAAGGAUAAGGAAAACCAGCAUCAGCCGCAGCAGCAGCAGCAGCAGCAGCAGCCGAGUGCGGUACCGCCCCCGAUGCCGAUGCUGCGCCAGAAGCCGAUCCGGGACGAUUCGUACCGCAGCGCGGUGCGCAACUCGACAGCGUUCUGGCUGCAGGGUCCGGUUCCAGCAGCAGCAGCAGCAGCGCACGGUGGCGGCGUCGGCGGCGGCCCCGGUACCGGCGACUCGUCCUCGGCCGUAUCGCUCGCGUCGGACGGCGAGCCGCCGAGCCGACCGGUACCGCCGGUCCGCACGUACGCGGCCGCCCACCGCCAGCAACAUCCGCUGUCCGCGGCCGACACCGAGCAGAUGCGCAAGAAGCAGCUGCACCGCAACCAGACGAUGGUGGGCCUGCACCACCUGCUCGACGGGGAGGACGGCGACGGUCCGCUCGGCGACGUCGAGAUGCUGCACCGCAUGCCGCCGCUGACGUCGCCCCCGUUCGCACCGCUGUCGCCGCUCGCGGUCGCAUCGUCCGUCACGUCCACCUCGUCCGUGCCGCUGGCCCAUCUCGGGGCGCUCGGGGAGCAUCCGGCAGGAGCGGCCGGCACGACGCCCCAGCAGCUACCCCCACCACCCGGCGGCUUCCGUCCCGUGGCCGGACCGAUGCGUCCCACCACGCUCAACCUUUGCCCAGAUGCCGCCCUGCCGACGGUGGUGAUGCGCCAGAAGCAGCCGCACCAUUCGCUGCUGCUCGACGACGAGGAUCGCAAGAUGCGCCGGGUGUCGUACCUGCGGGCGACCGCCCACGACAACCUGUUCCAGAUGCUGGAGAGCGACCCGGACAGCAGCCCGAUGUCGCUGCCGCCGGCCGACACGCCCGACACCGAUCCGACCGAGCCGGCGUCCUCCACCGUCGAGCUGUCGUCCGGCCUGGCGACGACGGACGAGGGGGCACCGGCGUCCGGCAAGCUGCAACCGCAGCAGCUCAAGAGUGCCUACCGUCCAUGGCGCAGGCCACGUCUUACCACCGACAUUCAGCCGCUGCGGCGCCUGUUCGACCCGGAAGCCGAUCUGGCUGUGCCGGCCCUUCCGCCCAUCCUUGAAACCGAACCGUUCACCUCUGCGUCCGCCUCGAAAAAGCGCUCCCGGCCCCUGCCAACACCACCCCGACUGCCAAACGACGACGACGACGCGGACGAUGACGACGCGGACGACGCGGACGAGGACGAGGGCGGUGCAGCUGGCACGCGCCCGGCACGACCGGCAAGGGCCGUAAAGGGGCGGUCCGCUUCCCUGGUGACGACUACCCCGUUCGGCAGUGCUACUGGCGGUGGCCACCGGCUGUUCGGGGCGGCCGGCAGCCUGGGCAACCUGCACGUCAUCACCACGACGACGGCGGGCGGUAUCGUCACGCGCAACUACUUCUUCGCCCAGAGCCACGGCACCAAAUCGAAGGCACUGGCCCACUUCCGGGACGGCGGAGCAGCGGACAGCACGGAACCGGUGGUGCGCGAGGGCGAACUGCACGUCAAGGUGACGCUGAUCGACGGCAAGCGGUCGGCCGACCGGAGCUGGCGCACGGUGCACGCCGUGCUGCGCGGUCACCAUCUCAAGCUGACGCUGGUGCGCGAAGGAAAGAACUCCAACCAGAGCCCGGAACCAUGCGGUACGAUCGAUCUGACCAACUUCCACGUCACCGAGGGCAACUACACGAAGCGCAAGAAUGUGUUCAAGCUGACCACGGCCGCCGGUUCGUACUGUCCGCUGGAGGCGGCCGCUGCGGCCGGCUUCGGCGGCCACGCCGAGGUCCAUCGCACCCAGUCCGCCUCCGGGCUGGCGACGGUGGGCGGCAGCGGCCCGGGCAGCAGCACCUGUGCGUCGUCCGUACGUAGCGCGUCCACUGCCGGGCUGCCCGGGUCGGAGCGGGAGCUGCUGCUGCAGGCGGACAGCCACGGCGACAUGGAGGGAUGGAUGGAGUCGCUGCGGCUCGUGUGCGGUAGCACCGGCCAGCUUCACAGUCCGGACUAUCUGAGCGGACGUGGAGGGCAACAGGCCGAGCCGCAGCGCAUCGCAGCCCAAACGAGCGUGCAGGUGCAGGGCGGAAGCGUGGGCGGCUCAAACAGUGGCGACGACUACUCGCCCGUGCUGCCGGCCAAGUCGCAGCGCAAGUAUGCGCUCGGGUCACGCUCCCCGUCCGGCCAGUCGCCGGUCACCAAGAGCCGCAAGACGCCGCAGGCUGGCUGCAGCUCGCCGACCGACAGUGCCGACCAGUCGAUCGCGUCCACCUCCAAUCAACCGGCGUACCAUCAACCGCCCCACCACUACCAACAGCAGCAGCAGCAGCAGCACCACCAUCACCAUCAUCACGGCGCGAAGGAUAGCUCGGAUCGGGAGAGCGGCUCGCCCAAGUCGAAAACCUGGAAGGGCAUCAUGGCGGCCAAGUUCCGCAAGAUGCAGUGGCAGCCGGCGGCCGCCGACCUGCCGGACAACGCGCCGACCGGCCUGCCGCUCGAGCUGUGCCCGGUGUCGAGCCGCAACCGGUUCCUGCCGCUGGUGGUGGAGAAGUGCAUCAGCGUGGUCGAGUCGAAGGGGCUGCUGGUGGUGGGCAUCUAUCGCAUCCCGGGCAACACGGCCGCGAUUGCCGCCCUGACCGAGACGAUCAACCGCGGGCUGGACGAGGUGGCGCUGAACGAUCCGCGCUGGGACGACGUGAACGUCGUGUCAUCGCUGCUGAAGGCGUUCUUUCGCAACCUGCCCCAGCCGGUGCUGCCGGACGCGAUGUACCGCGGCUUCAUCAGCGCGGACCAGCAGAGCGGCCAGCGGCGCCUGAUCGCGCUGCGCCAGAUGCUCGAGCGCAUACCGCGCAUGAACUACGAGACGCUCAAGUACCUGAUGCGCCACCUGGUGCUGGUGACCGCGCACAGCGAGGCGAACCUGAUGGAUCCGCGCAACCUGGCGAUCGUGUUCGGCCCGUCGGUCGUCCGGUGCACCAGCGACUCGAUCCAGUCGGCCGUCAUGGACAUGCGCCACCAGUGCCAGAUCAUCGAAGUGCUCAUCAUCUACUACGCCUACUUUUUCGAGGAAGGGCUGCUGCCGAGCGCGGAGGAAGCGCAAAGUGCGGCCGGCUCGGAGGCCGACGCUGGGCCGGGCGCCUCGCUGCUGCUGGAGAAUGCCGGUAGAAUCGAGCCGCUGCGGGAUCCCCCGAAGGAGAGCAGCUCCGGCUUUGUGGCCAACAUCGUGCAGGCGGCGAACCGCAAGAUACGCCGGACGGCGCAGCGCAAAAGCACCAUGUCCUCGACCACUCCCGACACGCUCUCGCUCGACAGCACUACGUCGGCGGAAUCGAGGGAGCAGUCGUCGCGCGUCAUCCAGCGCGUCUACCAGGAGCAGGGCCCGCGGCCGGGCACGUCGCACGGUGGACCGGCGGCCGGGCCCGGCGGCUCCCAGCAAGCGCUCCAGACCGUGCCGGACGCCGGGGGGCCGAUGGCAGUGCCGGUACCGCGCGGCACCCGCUCGGUCGGCAGCGCCGAGCCGGGCUGCGAGCCACCGACCGAGGACAGCCUGAUGCAGCUGCACCACCAUCACCAUCACCAUCACCACUACUACCACAGCAGCCGGCACCACAGCAGCCAGAGCAAUGACGACGCGUCAUCAGUAUUAAACCGGUCGUCCGAGGACGACUCGAACGACAGUGCCUUCGCCGACAACGGAUCGAUGUCGCUGAAGACGGUGACGAUCGCGCUGGACAACAAGCUGCGCUCGCUGCGCGACUCUUCGGUCGACUCCGACCGGGACCAGGCGCUGGAGAGUGAGAGUGGGGGCAGCGAGCAGCCCGGGUACGGCGGCGGGAGGCACCACUCGCUGCACCAGCAGUGGAGCCACAUGGGGGGGCGCUCGCCCCGGCCGCUCACGCUCGGCGAAAACAUCCCGUACGCGGACGAGUCGCCGGAGCGGCCGCUGAUACAGGGCCGGUCCAAGCCGGCCCGCACCCUGCCGGCACCAGGUGCCGUCAACAACAACAACAACAAUCAUGAGGAUGGUGGAGCUGUAGUGCCGCUGGCGGCGACCCCGGCCAAGCAGCAGCAGCUGAAGAAGGCGCUGACCGCCCACUCGCAGAAAUCGAUCGACAGUGGCGGCACGAUCAACUCCAGCACCACCAACAGCUGCCUGACGCUGGUCAACGAGGCCGAUGCGACGCUCGACGCCGGUGCUGGCGUUGGUGCCGGUGUGGACGGCCACGAGGAGGACGACGAUGGGCAGCAGCAGCAGCCGGUACCGGCCGUCGUCGGCAAGGCGGGGCAGCGCAACGCGUCGCUCAGCUCGGACGAAACGGACACCUCGACGACGAGCAAUCCGCGCGAAAAGCUGACCGCGGCCACCUACCGCAUCGACACGGAGAAGCUGAAAAAGAUGAACCGCAUCCUGACGCAGCUCGAGCGGAAGGCGAACAAUCUCGAGCGCAAGUUCAACCUGAACCGGUCGCUCUCGCUCAACUACAAGUCGCCGAAGGCGGCCGACUGCUGCUGCACGCACCACGGCCUGCCGGCGACGUCCCACUCGUCCCAGGCCCCGCUGCCCCACUGCUGCCAGCAUCAGCAGCAGCAGCAGCAGCAACAGCAACAGCAGCAGCAGCACAUUAGCAACAACCUUAACAACAACAACAGCACGAGCUGUCACAAUCACAACGCUGGCACCACCAUCGGCAGCCUCCGGUCCCGCUUCUCCCUCACCAAGGACGAAAAGACGGACAAAAACAUUAACCGGCGGCGGCAGAUCCACGACACCUGUGCGGUGCACCCGAGCGGCCCGACGCCCGCCGGCAACGACAGCAGCAGCUGCGGCGAGCAGCAACCGUGCGGCGGCGGCCCCCAAAUCAUACUGACGCCGGCCGCACCGCCGCCGGCAGCGAGCAGCGGCGGGGGACGCCAGCGGCGCCACGUCGGGAGCCGCUCGAUCCGGCGCCGGCACACCGUCGGCGGCACGCACGAUUACUACGCGAACAAACUGAACGCCCAGCACCAUCACCACCACCACCAUCACCAUCCGCACCGGGAGCACAUCGCGGGGCCGGGUUGCUGCCCAGUGCCACAGAACUGAACCUCUUCUUGACGUCGGUGUCGGUGUGUGUGUGUGUGUGUGUGUGGUUUCCUGUGUUAGAACGUAGAAUUGGAAAGAUUUCGAACACCACCUGGUCUAGCAGCGUAAGGGUAAUAGUAGUAGUAGUAGUAGUAGUGUAGGGAAUAGAGCACACACACACCUAUAUACAAAAGAUUAGCCCACACCAACUUAACUCUCCGCUCCCCCGGAAUUGUGCUUGGUUAAGUACUUUCAUUGUGCAAUGUUGGAGAAGAUUUAAAAAAAACAGGAGCGAAAAGAGAGAGAGAGAGAGAGAGAACAAGCGAGAGAUGGUGACCACCAGUCCAGAUACGAAACGACGACGAAAUUGUUUGUUUUCGAAGUUCGAAACGACUCGAGAAAGUAGCUGUAGUAGCAGUAGUAGUAGCAAUAGUAGCAGUAGCAGCAACAUAAGGAGAGGGAACAAGCGCGAACAGGCAAAGUGCAUACGCAUACAAAUUAUAUACACCGUAGCUUUAAGGACUUGUAACGGUAGCAUCUAAGGGCUGUAAAGCUGUAAAGAGAGCGUCAGAAGAAGAAGAAGAAGAAGAAGGACCCGAACAAUGCGCACUCAUCCCAAGACACCAGACCCACAAUUUUGCGAACCGAGCACACACACGCCGCAUACACAUACGUAGAUACACUAUAAUUUGGCAGAAACUAAACCGUGUGGCGAGAAAACAGCAUGAUACACACAGCCGGUUGCAACGGUUGGCGAAAUCAAAAUUGUGAUAAUUAUUGUGUAAAAAAAAAAGAAAAAAUUGAAAGCGACAAAAAACAAACUCCCCACGCGUAGGCUUCAACACGAAUUUGAUGGAACAAGAUACAAAAUUAGUAAGAGAGAAAGAGAGAGAAAGCAUUGUGUAGCAGUUAGAAGCCCCCGGGAGGGGGUCCCAUUUGUUAUUGUUUUUUUUAUCUAUUAUUGCUAUUAUCUCUUUCGCCAGCCACCGUGCGUUUGUCUCUUUUUCCUAUAAGAAAAGGUUUAUUUUAAUACUUAUGUUGUUGUUUUUUGGGUUCUUUUAAAUCUGUUCGCCAAAUUACACGUAACUGUAGAUGUUUGUGUGUGCGUGUGUGCUUGUGUGUACCGGUUUGUGUCGUGCGUUCGUGUGCAUAGUGUAUGUGCAUCAUAUUUCCGAUUAUAGCUUUUCCCUUUUCGUUUCCAGUUUUCCCAUUUGUUUUUGAAUGUUUAUACACACCAUCCUCAAACCCCUCCGUCAGCCCCACUUGACAAACAAUUGCGUGUGUAUUGAAACUAAUGACACUGUGUGCGUGUGUAUGUGUGUGUGUGUGUGUGUGUGUGUGUGUGUGCGUGCGAUUUGUGUUAAGCAAUGUGUACUUUCUUUCCCCUUCAGUUGGUGUACGCCAAUGCAACAAUCAAUCUGUCUAUGUGUGCGUGUGUGUAUGUGUGUACGUAUUUAUGUGUCUUUUUUUCUGUGUAUCGAUAUGUGUUUUGUGUGCCGGUCUAUGUGUCUAUGUACAAUGUAAACCACUUUUAAGGGUGGAGCAACCCAAUUGCUUUACUAUUAACUACUACUUUCUUGUUUUCAUUUUUUUUACCAUUUUUCCUCUUCUUCGUGCACUGUGGUGAAGCAAACACGAGAACAAGCCUGCUGAGAGCGAAACAAAGAACUGUAACUGUAAGCGUUUCGACUGAAACAAAGCAAAACACUCAUUUAGCAAAGAAAUGUAGCAAAGCAAACAUUGAAAAGCGAGCUUGCGCACACCCAACCCCCGUUGCAGCGAGAACAAAAAGAAAGAAAGAAAAAGCAAAACAAACACACGAGAAACCCCGCAGUAUUGGCACAGGAGCUUUUAGGGUACGCAUUAGAGGCGGCGGGUAAAAUGAUUGGCUAAUAAAGAAGAAGAAAAAGAGAUUUAAAUUCGAGAUUAGGAUACGAACCCCGAUGCUGGCUGCUAGCGAGCGAGCAAGCUUUCUUCGCUACACAACUACGCAUCAACGAUAGGCCCGAAAGACGCCUGCGGGAAGGAGGGGGGGGGGGGGUCUGCCAAACAUUAUUGGCAAAACUGAAUUAUUGUUUUGUUUUGUUUUGCUUUGUUUUUCGGACAGAAUUGGAAAUCUGAUUGGGGCUAGUGUAAGGUAACAAACAAACAAAAAAAAAAAACGAGAAUUAUGCAGCAAACGAAACGAAAUCAACAAACAUGAAGCGGCAUUCACACAGCGGAUGAAGUGAUAUUAAUUGCUAAUAAAAAUUAAUAAAAAAAAAAUUAAAUAAAAAACACGGUGACACGA